CUGCUGAAGCGCCGCCGGCCGUCAGGCCUGGAGUGUCGUCGUUCCCGAUUCAUUCAUUUGAUUCUUCGGUCCCUACCAACCCUCGCAAACGACGACACCCAACCAUGGCCACUGCCACUGCCACUGCCACUGCCACUGCCACCUCCUCCGCCACGAUGGCAGCCGCGGGAUAUGACAGCAAAAGAGCCAGCACCAGCACUGCUUCAUCCUUGCCCACCCCCGGAUCUGGAACAUUUCCUUCGGAAUUGCUCAGUCCCACGACAGCAUCUUCAGCCUUCAUCAGAAAAGAUGAAGCCCUCCGAACUCCCAUCACUCCUCCUUCUGCCUACUUGGACUUUUUGAAGACCUUCUCCCCUGCCGUUCAGAGUCCUGCUUCCGCAACCAGCACUCGCUUUAGCUUCACCGACAGAACCUUUGACCCAUCCUUCGACAAGCUGACCGAACUUCCACCCCCCAAAUCUUCCAUGACUCCUCCAACAUCGCAGCCAUCCAUCUCGAGGAACAACUCGUCCGACUCCAACGGAACGCAGCAAAGUGCCGCCACAGCGAGCAGUGCACCUGCCGACACCGCCACCAGACCGGACUCGCCACGCAUCAUCAUUCCACCUUCACCAUUUGUGAGGCCAGCACCGAGGUCUGCACGGACGCCACGACGCCUGAACAUUCCACAGUCACCUUUCACUCCAGCACUCGGAUCAGCUCUCUCCCUCCAGUCGCAACCCUCGCCCUACGCCUCCACCCCUCUCAGUGCAGCGCCAUGGAGUGCUUCCUUCUCGCCACGAGAGUACACCCCGGAUAUCAAUGGUCCGCCGGGCAGUAAAGUGCAUGUACGUCAUGUCGUCACUCGUACCGUCACCUACUGCCGAACAUCCCUCGAUCCACCACCCAAGGGCAAGAGGAGAAAGAUCGAAGCAGACGAUGACGUGACAUCGUCUGAGGCCUCUUCCGAAGAACCUCCGAUCAAACAAGAACCCAUCGGAAGGAUCGAUGAGCUCUCAGAGGAAUCAGCAGCUGAAGAGUCCGUUGCUUCUGCCUCUGCUUCCGAGACAUGACAGGAGAGUCUUGUGCAUGGUCAUCACAACCAUGAUCUUCGACAUUGACACACGCAAGUUGUCAACAUUUCUGACAGCAUUUGCGUUCAAUUUCAUGAGACCUGAAAUAAUCUCGACAGCCCCGAGCCAAACAGUGGCUGACUGGGACGUCGAAUGAAUGGCACCUUGCUUGCUUUCCUUUCUGAUGACUUAACGAUGGAUACCACUUUGAAAGCCUUCGAAAGCCUGGCGCAGGAGAGGCGUACAAACAGUUGGAAAUGAUUGUUGUCGUUUUGUCACAUAUGUGCGUAAAGGCUCUCUAUGGGAAGACGAGCAUGGACAGAGGCACAACGUGGCGCUGGCUUUUCUUCUUCUUCUUCUUCUUCUUCUCACUCAUCAUCGUUCGAGAAGAGCCGUAUUGCUUCGCUAGACGCAUUAGAGAUACCGAAGCUCAUAGAAGACGAGCUGAACUUGAGACGAAUCUAAGUGAAUAUGAAGACAAUUGCAUACUUUCACACUGAUUC